UUUCCUUUUUCCUUUUUUCAAGAACAAUCAUAAUCUUGAACAACUCAAAAAAAAAAAAAAAUCUCCAUUUUCGUUUCUUUCUUCCGUAUCAUCAUCAUCAUCUUGAAGAACUAAAACACAGUAAAAAACAAUGGCUCCAACGCCAUCUUCUUCUUCGAAACUAAACCAAACCCAGAUGAGAACACCUCAAUCCAAACACCGUCUCAACUUCACUUCAACAAGAAACAACCCAGCAAUUGAACAACACCCACCGGGGGAACACCCGGUGGAAGUAAUCGGCAGGAUAAGGAACUAUCCCGGCGAGCAAAAAGACAAAAACCCCAUCUCCUAUCUCCAUAUAAAUCCCGAUAACAAGACUCUCCGUGUGAGGGCUGAUAUUGGGUAUCGGGAUUUUACCCUAGAUGGGAUUUCUUCUUCAGAAGAAGAGGAUCUUGAUACUUUUUAUAAAAAGUUUGUUCAGUCGAGAAUCAAUGGGGUUAAAAUGGGAGCUAAGUGUACGAUUAUGAUGUACGGACCUACCGGUGCCGGGAAGAGUCACACGAUGUUUGGGUGUUUGAAGCAGCCUGGGAUAGUUUAUAGGUCUUUGAAAGAUAUAUUGGGAGAUGUUGGGGAAGAUGACAGUGGAGGAACUUUUGUUCAAGUUACUGUUUUGGAGAUUUAUAAUGAGGAAAUUUAUGAUCUUUUGUCUAGUAAUGGUGGAGGUGGUUUUGGAAUUGGAUGGCCUAAAGGCAAUGGAUCUAAGGUGAAACUGGAAGUAAUGGGAAAGAAAGCAAAGAAUGCUACUUUCCUCUCAGGAAGUGAAGCUGGAAAGAUUUCAAAAGAGAUUCAGAAAGUAGAGAAGAGAAGAAUUGUUAAAAGUACACUCUGUAAUGAUAGAAGUUCUAGAAGUCACUGCAUGAUAAUUCUUGAUGUUCCAACUGUUGGAGGAAGGCUUAUGCUUGUGGACAUGGCAGGUUCUGAAAAUAUUGAUCAAGCUGGUCAAGUUGGAUUUGAGGCAAAAAUGCAGACUGCAAAGAUAAACCAGGGAAACAUUGCACUUAAAAGAGUUGUUGAAUCCAUUGCAAAUGGAGAUUCUCAUGUGCCUUUCAGAGAUAGUAAGUUGACAAUGUUGCUCCAGGAUUCAUUUGAGGAUGAUCAGUCAAAGAUUUUAAUGAUACUUUGUGCUAGUCCAGAUCCUAAAGAGAUGCAUAAGACAAUUUGCACCCUUGAAUAUGGAGCAAAAGCAAAGUGUAUUGUAAGGGGGCCUCAUACACCAUUGAAGGACAAAAAUGAUGAUUCUGCAUCAGCUGUUAAUUUAGGAUCCAGGCUUGCAGCAAUGGACCAGUUCAUAAAUAAACUACAGAUGGAGAACAAACAGAGAGAAAGAGAGAGAAAUGAGGCACAUAAAGCGCUUGUGAAGAAAGAGGAAGAAGUUGCAGCGCUUCGAUCCCUUCUGGAAGUGAAGGGUUCGGGUUCUGGUGUGACUGAAGAUGAAAUCAACUCGAAGGUAAAUGAACGAACACAGAUGUUAAAACUUGAGUUGGAGAAGAAACUGGAUGAAUGUAGGCGAAUGGCUGAGGAGUUUGUUGAAAUGGAAAGGAGAAGAAUGGAGGAAAGAAUCCUGCAACAGCAAGAAGAAGUCGAGAUGCUAAGAAAGCGGUUGCAAGAGAUAGAAUUUGAGUUAUGCAGUUCAAGGGAUGGUAAUGUUGAGGAGAAUGAAUCAACCAAUGAGUUGGAUGGAAGCAGUUUUGCUAAAAGGCUAGUUGGGAUUUAUGGUGAUGAGGCUCCGGGGAUGGUUAUGUCGAUGGAGCUGGACAUGACUGAUCCUGAACCAUUUGUUCAUGAUGUGAAACAAAUGGACAAAGCUGUGAAUCAAGCCGAUCCUUGGUCUGCAAAACAUGAUGGCUUUGCCCCACAGUUUGGUGCAAAACUAGGCCUAACCACUGUAUAUGAAGAAGAAGAGACAGAAGAGGAGAAUGAAGUGGAGAAGGUGAUAAUAGAGGAAAAAAGGGUAUGCUCGAACGAGAAAGAUUUCAAAUCGACACCUGAACAGUCGGAUUCUGAAACAGACUCUUUGAGACUUCUAAGAAUCCAAAACAUCUUUACACUUUGUGGGAACCAAAGAGAGCUUUCUCAACAAAUCAGAACUCCAACACCUGCAAAAGCAGCCAUAACUGAAACCAUUGAUCCUCAUUGGUCCUCGGUUAUGGUAGCUUCAGAUAAUGAUUCUGUUGUGAAAAGUUUGAACAAGGAAAACUCAGGUGCUUUAAUGGCAGCAUCCUUAAAGGAGAACCAAAACCCCUCUACUGACUGCACUGAUGGUCAGAUUGAUGUUUAUGUGAAAUGGGAAGCAUCUAAGGAAAAUCCUGGAAAGUUUAUCACAACAUUGAAGGUUAUAAAGGAUGCAACACUCGCGGAUCUCCGGAAGUUGAUCGAUAUCUAUCUCGGUGCAGAUAAUCAAGCAUUCACUUUUCUAGUGCUUGGGGAUCCGACCGGGGCGCCCGUGCCAAAAGAGAAUGAAGCCAUUGUUAAGGCAAGUAAACUGCCAAUAUGCAACAAUGGGCAUCUGGCUUGCUUAAGGCCAGCAAAGGGUCUGCAGAUAACUAAUCAUCUCCCCUUGAGUCCACUACAAUUGACUCCACUACCAUUGACUCCUCUGGAAAACAAGCUUCCACUCACCACAAGCACUCGCUUGUCAAACCAAGGUGAUGAUUUAUCACCUAAGCUAUCACCUCAUCUCAGUUCCACUCCCUUUAUUACUGCUCGAAGAUGGUAGGAUCGAUAUUUGCCUAUUUUUUGUUCAGUUGAAAUCUCAAGUGCAGCAUGAGUAUACAUAUACUCUUCCAUUGUGUAUAACAUCAAUGUGUAAUAUCAUUAAGUGUGUCUUCUUCUGGUUAUGGAUUUAAACUCAAUUUCCAAUGUCUUUUUUCUUUUA